AUGGGAGUCAACACGGCUGUAUUAAGGGAAACAUUGUCCAAACAAUUGGAUAUUCCAGCUGCUGGGGAUGACACGUUCCUUGAGUAUGUGAUUUCAUCGAAGCUUGCUGCUAAUUUAGACCGCAUCAGAGAGGAAGCAGUAAGGCAGCAGUUAGAGGAUAAUGAUAGUGAUUCAUUGCCUCUAUACAACGAGCAACUGAGUGAUCUAGAAAUGCACAAUUUGUACAAGUUAAACAAGUGUAGAGAAACAUUACUGGAAGAGUAUAAAGAGUACGUAAAGUCCAGCAAAGCUAGACGUUAUAGUGUUGACUUUGACACUUCAUUGGGAGAGGAAAAUGUAUCUACAGUGGUAGAAGCCAUAGAUUUUCCUAAAGUAGAGGAUGACUCGUUGCAGCAGUUGAGAAAGCGUUUACUAGGUCAGAAGAAGGAAAAGGUUGAUGAAGAUAAACCGGAUACGGUAGAUAAACAGAUACAGGUUGAGGAUGACCUUCAGCAGGAACUAGUGUCUGAUAUGGCCCAACUAGUAGCAAGUUUACGGCAAGGUGCGGUUGCAUUCCACAAUGCUCUAGAAGAGGACUCAACAGUGUUGAAGGCAACUGAAAUUGGUUUACAAGUUACAUCUAAAAGUUUGUCCACUCUAGGAACUAAGCUUAAAAAAUAUCAUAAGUCCAAAGUUGGGUUCUUCUUUUACAUAAGUUGCGUGCUUUUUAUCAUGCUAAGUUUACUGGUGACAUACUUCAUAAUUAAGAUAUUCCCAAAAAUGUGA